AUGAGGUUUAGAAAUCUACUCGCAAGUCAAUUCUUGAUUUGGGCUCUUAUUGUCAAAACUGUUUUAACUACGGAUAUAUACUACGUCACCACUCGAAAGAAUGGUGGUCGAAAUGAAAGUAACGUAGGUACGAAUGGCGACACAGAAUUGUGGAUUCGAGGUGCCGGCUUCGUACCUAAUGCAUUCACUGGAUUAUCAUCCGCGAACAAGACCUACGAGGUCAAAUUAGUGAAUAACUACACUGCAUAUGAUUGUGAUGUUGCCGUCAAUGAGAUCACUGAUACUCGAAUAUUAUGCUAUACAACGGCAAUGCCUGAGGACAGGUAUUUGGUUCGGGUUUAUGUUAAUAACGUCUUGGUGCCAUUGGAGAACUAUGGUGCGACAUUGUAUUACGCUUUUGUCAAUGUAGCGCAACAGUAUACACCGAUGAUAACAGGUAUCUCGAUGGCAUCUGGUUUACCACAAAGUUUGAUUUCGAUAAAUGGUAAUUUUCGAACGAAUUGUUAUUCACGUGAUACGGAUUAUUGUGCUCAAGACAAAACUCCAAUCAUUUCACGUAUUUAUAUCGGUGAUUAUAUUUGUAACUUGGUCGAUCCUAUUCGUGGAACCCUUUAUGCGAACGUUACAAACACCUCUCUUCAAUGCCGUUUCGACAGCAAUGUUAUUGGAAUAUUCAAUGUUAGUUUGAUCGUUACAUAUUCUUAUGGUCGUUCUUCUACAUCGAUGAGUCUGUACAAACUGUCAGCUACUGGCCAGUUGUAUACUUUUCAAACUUAUCCUACUAUUUCGAAUAUUUCGCCGACUAACGGAAGUCUACAAGGCGGUACAGUCCUAACUAUCAAUGGGCAGUAUUUCAGUAAUAACAAUCAACACCUGCUAGCAGUCAAUAUUGCUGAUGCACCUUGCACAAUUCUCAGUAUCAAUUUGACAACCAUUCGAUGUCAAACAUCACAAAUGUUCAACACUAAUCGUUCUUAUUAUCACGGUGGCCGUGGCUUUCAUAUGUACUCCGAGAAUAUAUUUAUUGAUUUAGAUCGCUUGGGAAAUUCCACUCCUCCAAUGCCUGGUGUAAACGCAAAUAGAACAUGGGUAGAGGGGGCGUCGUUCUCUGCUGCGAACGCUUCCAAUACUACUGUAUGGUUCAUUGGAUAUUUACGUCCGCCCAAGACUGCGUGCUUUAUAUUUCAAUUGGAUACGAAUGUUGGUAGUGUUUUGUUUCUGAGUACGGAUGAAACUCCAAAUAAUGCCAGUCAAAUUGCCAGCAGAAAUGCGAGCCGAUCAAAGAAAAUCCGUUUAAAUAAUAACACGAAUUAUUAUCUGAUAUGCAUCGGAUCAAUAAGCCAACGAGGCGUUUUCCGUUUAUCUAUCAAAGUGAAAAUGUAUGAAGAAAAUACAGCCAUCGGAAAUGGAGAUUCAGGAAUAGUCGAAGUUCAACGGAUUAGUUAUAAUAGUUCGGAUAUCCGAGAACAACAAAGAAUCGCCUAUACGAUCAAUUCAUCCGCCACCGCCGUAUCCGAAGUGCAAAAAGUAGUUUUUCAAUCCGCAUCAUUUCAACUUGGUUUCCGAGGGGUUUAUACAAUCGAAAUGCCACUUUAUGCUAAUAAGGACGAUGUUGCCAAAGCUUUAAAUGAUUUACCAACAGUUUAUCCACUAGCGGUCAAUGUAACUUUAGAUACCAACUCAUUUGUAGUCACGUUUCCGCAACAAAUGGGUGAUGUUCCAUUAUUGACAAUCAUCUCAUCAAGUAACAGCAGUGGACGAAAUGUAACAGAAGUUACGAAAGGUGUACCAUCUGGUUCUUAUAUUGCUUUGGAAUUAGACGGUGCAGUCACACAGUAUUUGGAUUUUUCAAACAGAUCUCUGACCAAUCAAAUGCUUGUCAAUGAAUUCAGGCAGCUAUUUACCAUUCGAUGUCCACCCUCACUCUAUGAUCAAAGCGUAGAUCCAGAUAUAAUCAUUGCAAAUGAUUUCGAAAGCAACCUUUAUCCAUACGAUGACACAUUCAACGUGAGAGAAAGCGCAUUUUGUGGUCGCGGUGCAGCUACAGUUACUAAUGUUGAGACAAGUCUAGUCACGGGUAACUCAGAUCAGUCUGCUGAAUACAUCUGUUUUGCAUACAAACUGCCUCAAGGAAAGUCAAAUAUUACAAUGUAUUUUAAAGUCGAAAGUGAUCGCGACUUCGAUUCAUCGAUCACCGAAACAUUGUCAAUACCUCGAUUACUAAUUUCCGACAACUAUUGGCAUUACACAUGUAUUGCAUUACGAGACACAAUUGAAGAAUAUUUUUCUUACUUUUCUUAUGCUAACUAUCUCAUCGUUCAAGAUGUUUUUCUCGAUUCGGAUUCCCAAGGUGUCAUGUUCGACACAGUUACAUUAAGAAAAAGUGUUCCCAAUGGAUAUGAAAAUGAGGCUAAAAUUAUGUCCAGCGAUCAAUCAGCAUCAAAUGCCUGCACAUUUCCAUUCAAGUACAAUGGUGAAAGUUAUUCUCGAUGUAUUAUUAUCAACGAAGAAAAUCUUCCUGUUUGUCUAUCAUCCACGAAUCAAAUAUAUUACUGUCAAAGUUCGUCAAUCGAAGGCGUUCGACGAUUUUAUCCAAAAUAUCAACUUCUAUACAAUUCUCUCCAAAUAAGACAUACAUCGCUGAAUCGUACAAUUGACAUUUCAUUUCAAUACACAACAUGCCGUUCACCAACAUUGAUUAAAGCAUUGCCUGCCAUCUACACCAAUGUAACAUCUUUCAGCAAAACAUCCGAACCACUUGAGGGCACAUAUGAUAUUCAAUUCGACGGAGAAACCUAUCCAUCAGUCCCAGUGAAAUUAACUGCUGUUCAAAUGGCAGAUCUUUUUCAAUCAUUUGAUAAGAUCGGCUAUGUAUCAGUGAAUCGUGCAGGUAUAUGUCCAUCUUAUUCGUAUGACAUAAGUUGGUUUGCGAAGCGACAACAACCACGAAUAACGAUUGUCAAUACAACAAAUGUACGACCGAUAGGUUUAUCAGUUCGUUCGUCAUCGGUGCAAGUUGGCAACGAUGGGAAUGUUUUUUACGAUCUUCCAAAUGACAUGAUGCGAACGUGUCAUGAUACACCGCAAGUUGAAGUUCUUGUUAAUGGCUUUGCAUCGUAUUGUUCAAAUCUCAAUAAUAGCUGUCAGUUCCAGGUUUCGAUGGCACAAACACCAAUGAUUAUAUCAAUAGAACAAAAUGGAACACAUUUAGUCAUCUUAGGUGAUGGAUUUAGUUCAUCAAAAGAAGAAAACAAAGUAUUGAUUGGCGAACAAGGUUCAUGUAAUGUCACCGAUGCUAAUCAAACGUACAUUAUUUGUGAAAUUAGCUAUGCACCAUCGGGUUCACAGAUGGUGCGAGUUAAUGUUAUUAAUAAAGGUUUUGCAUCAAGCAAUACUAAUCUCACAGUUAAUGUCUCUCUAACUAUUCAUUCGUUUGAUCCACCAGCAGGAGGAAUUGGCGGAGGUUAUUCAUUAAGAAUUGUGGGUAAUGGCUUUUCACCGAACACGAUUAUUACUGUGGACGGAAAAUUGUGUAUUAACUCUCAAUUGAUGAGUUAUUCGUCGAUUCGCUGUACUGUACCUCCUUCUAUGUCAUACAAUGAUCGCCAGGUUAUCCUAUCUGCUGUUGAUGGACAAAUGUUGGUGAAUGCAUCAACACUAUUUACAUAUAAUUCAACUAAUCAGCCUUUUAUUAUGUCUAUCCAACCAUCUGUUGUUACAAUGGCCGGCGGGAGAGUGAAUAUAAAUGGCUCAGGCUUUGGAAAUCAAUCCUUCUCCGUGUAUGUUGGUUCAAAGAGUGCUACCAUUGUAUCAUCGUACAUGAAUUUGAUUCGAAUCGAUUUACCUCAGUUACCACCCGGCCUUUAUCCCAUUAUCAUUAGUACGUCAACAGGCUUUGUUCAAUCUCCUACUCCUAUCGAAUAUCGAUUUUAUAUCCAACAAAUUAAACCUUCGAUUAAUUCAUUAUAUGGCGGCAGUGAUGUUUAUAUCGACGGUGUUGAUUUCCCUAACGGGACAUCGGUUCAAUUUCGUAACGAAAACAAUCGUCUUCUUUCAUGCGACAUCAUUUCUCUGCAAUCCAAUCAAAUACAUUGUCAAGCACCAUCAUUUGUCCAACAAGUAACGAUCACAGCUGAUGGUGUUCAUCCAUCAUAUGGUCCUGGUUUUGCUUGGUCACCUCAACGACAAACUGUACAGCAAGGUGCCAUCGUUACCUGGAAAUGGGAUUCGUCAGUGAACCUUGUGACACGUCAAUAUAGAAUUCAGCAAGUAGCCAACGCUUAUAGUACAGAUCCAGUUGUCGAUGGCUUUGAUUCUGGUAGCGCAACUUCGUCAGGUACAUUUUCCCAUCAAUUCAAUUCGUUAGGUACUUACUAUUAUUGGUCACCAUCGAUUACACCGUAUCGAGAUAUAUCCAUUCGUGGCAUCAUCGACGUUAUCCCAUCGGAAUCAGAAGUAUGGACGGUUGAAGUAGUUUCAAAUGGAAACAACGCUCAAGCAUGUGUCUUUCCAUUUACAUAUGAUUCGGUGACUUAUACAAAUUGCACUUUGGAAAAUGAUACUCAGCCAUGGUGUUCUCCAACAUCAAUAUACACAGGUCAACGACUCUAUUGUAAACCAGCAGUUUCUGCAUCAUCGAAUGCAUCAUGUACAUCGAAUAUUUUCGACGAAAAUCUAUGCAAUCAAACAUCAGCAUCAUCUCUCGGACCAUCACAGAUCCUAGUUAGCCAAUGUACAUCGGAUACUGUUCUUUCGAUCUCACCUACCAAUGGUAUUAUUGGAACUUUGUUGACAGUAACAGGAACGAACUUUUCUGGAAAUAUGUGUGAAUAUGAUAUUCAAAUAGGCACAUCUUACCAUUGUCCGAUUGUAAAUAUGACAUCAACUGAACUUAUCUGUCAAAUAACAUCUGGUUCAAUGCUGAGUGGUACCAUUGCUUAUACUGUUCGCGUAGCUCGCCGUGAUUACGGUUAUUUGAACAGGCAAAGUCUAUUAUGGUUCAGAUUUGAGGCAUCAAUAUCAAACAUUACUCCCAUGAUUGGUUCGAUCUAUGGUGGCACCGAAGUAACAAUUGAGGGUGUCGGAUUCAUUCCAGGAUCCACACGUCUAUUUAUCGGUACUACUGAAUAUACGAAUGUUACAAAUGUAUCUUACUCGAAAAUUGUAUUCAAAACUUUACUACAACCAUUAUAUGUCAAUUAUAAUUACACCGUCAGUGUGGCAGUUCGUGAUACUCUCAUUCUGUGUUCAAUGCCAUCGUGUGUUUUCUCUUGGUCAACAAGUGUAACACCGUAUCUUGAUUCAGUGACUCCACAAGUCAUUAAUAGCUCGACAAAUCUUACCUUUACUGGUCGAAAUUUGCUCAUUAAUAACAAUACCACAGACAUACAUGCACGUGUGUAUAUAAAUAACAAUAUUUGCAAUGUUAGCCAAGUGACAAAUGACUCGUUAAUUUGUUCAAUCACUGGUGUAGAGAUGGGUGUUCAUCAAGUUAUAGCAUUCAUCGAUGGUAUUGGACAAGUCAUCUCUUCUCUCAAUAUCACAUCACUAGGCAUUCUAUCCAGCUUAUCACCGUCUACGACUGGUAUCUACGGUGGCGCUCAAAUGAGCAUCUUUGGUAAUGGAUUUUCUAAUACGAUUGGAAAUAUUCAAGUAAUGAUUGGUGAAAAUUCAUGCCGUGUUGUUCGAGCAACAGUAAACGAAAUUCGAUGUAUCAUUCCUGCUCAAGGCAAUAGUUCGGAUCAGGCUAACGUCACAGUUAUCACGAAUAACCUCACUUUAGACUCGUCACUUUUGUUUAGCUACAAUAAUUCACUAACACCGAUAGUCACAUCUAUUUAUUCAACUUCGGAAAAUAGUUCAACUGUACUUACAAUUAAUGGGGAUCAUUUCAUAGUUGGAAACACGACUGUAUUUGUUGGAAAUUUCCCCUGUAAUAUUACGAACAUGUCUGUUAUGUCUAUCCUAUGCACAGUUAGCCCAUAUCAACCAGCUGGGCAUCAUCCAGUAGUUGUCUAUGUGACUGAUAGCGGUAUGUCUAACUCUGAUCGCAACUACACUUAUGAUCUCCGUGUGAACCGCAUAUCACCUACGGAAGGAGGCUACGGCAGUAGUCUUCACAUUCACAUCGAAGGUGAUGGAUUCAACAGUACGAAUAUAAACGUUCGUAUGUGUAAUCGAUCAUGUUUAUCAGUACAAAUUUUAUCGAAUACUCGAAUGAUCUGUGAAACGCCUGAUAUAUUAAUGAAUGAAACAGCAUAUUCCUGUAAUUUAACUGUAACUGUGGAUGAUAUGAGUCAAAGUCAAAUGUUUACUUAUGCAGCAAAUCUAACAGCACGAAUAACAUCAAUUAGUCCACAGCGAGGAGGAACUGGUGGUGGUACGAUAGUUACUAUCAAUGGUACUAACUUUCCGUAUUCGUCGAAUGAGACCAGGGUGACUAUUGAUGAUGCAAAUUGUUCUGUAGUAUCAGUUAAUUCAACAAGUAUCACAUGUGAAACAGGCUUCCAUUUACGAACGAAUCUAAAUGCAGCUGUGCGCGUCUAUUUCGGUGGUAGUACUUCUGCUAUCAGCGAUGUUACAUUCGCUUACAUAGACUUAUGGUCAAGUCCAUGGACAUGGGGUGGCGAUGUCCCACCAGAAGCCGGCACGAUUGUAUCAAUCGAAAAUGGCACUACAGUCUAUUUAGAUAUUUCAACACCUAUACUGAAAGCAUUAGUGAUCGAUAAUGCUACAUUGAUUUUUGACGAAAAAGAUAUUAGCUUGAAUGCAGAAUAUAUCAUUAUUGUAAAUGGUGGGCGUUUACAAAUCGGCACUGAAACAGAACCAUUUCAACAUCGUGCUAUUAUCACGAUGUAUGGAAAUUUACGAGCGACUCAAUUACCUAUUUUUGGUGCGAAAGUAUUAGCCGUACGUCACGGCAUACUCGAUAUGCAUGGACAGACGACAGCCACAACGUGGACAAAGUUAGACAAGACAGCUGAAAGCGGUUCAUCAAUAAUUACUCUUCAACAUUCAGUUAACUGGACAAUCGAUAGUCAAAUAAUCAUUGCUACUACUAGUAAUUUUGCCAGUCAAAAUGAGAGUGAAGUUCGUCGAGUAACAAAUAUUUCGUCGGAUGGACGGACGCUAACACUCGAUAGACCAUUAGACUUUACCCAUUUGGGCGUUGUUCUUCAGUUCAAUGCAACAACUAUCGAAGUUCGUGCUGAAGUUGGACUUCUAUCGCAUAACAUCAUUUUUCAAGGCACGUUUACCACCACACAAAAUUUUUCAGUAGUUGAGUGUACCUCCAGUUUCACUCAUGACAUUUUUACUAUCGACACAUGUUCAUCAGGCCAAUAUAAUAAUGAAGUCGGUUUGGAUAAAUUUGGUGCAGUGAUCAUAGCUGGCCCCGAUACACAAUAUAUCGACACUCAAGAAGUUCUGAUUCGCAUCUCAAAUGUUGAAUUAUUCAAUGUGGGUCAAAAUAAUGUUAGUCGAAAAUACGAUCAAAAUAAAUAUCGUUUUCCAAUAUACUUCCGUAAAAACGGAAACAUAAGCAUGUCCUAUGUCAAAUCAUCAUCAAUUCAUCUAUCACACAAUCGUGCGAUCGGUAUUCAUCUUAGUAACUAUGUUACUAUCGAAGAUAAUGUUGUCUAUGAUAUUUCGGGACACGGUAUUCAUCUCAAUGAUGGUAGAGAGAUUGGCAACGUCUUUCGAAGUAAUUUGCUAGUUUGGGUUCGAGGACUUUCGAGUCUUCUCGACGAAGACGUUACACCGGCUGCUUUUUGGUUAACCAAUCCCAAUAAUACAUUGGAGCAUAAUGCUGUAGCUGGUUGUACUCAUUACGGCUACUGGUAUCGAUUGGUUCCGAUAAUUGAUGAAUCAUCAAAUAGCACAAUUAAAGAAUACUAUCCGUACAAACAACCAUUUGGUGUUUUUUAUAACAAUAGUGUUCACAGCACAGGUUUAUAUGGCGUGUGGAUCUAUCCGGAAUACGCACCGACUAUCUCGGGCAGUUCAUCUGAUAAUAGCUCAUCGAAAGCUAGUUUUGAAGGAGUAGUGUCGUGGAAAAAUAGAAAAGGCAUUGAAUACUACAAGUCAAAACCUAUUCAGAUUACGGAUUCACUCUUUUUUGAUAACACAGAUGCGAGUGUUAGUUGUAUCUAUGUGUUUUCUCAAGAGAACUCUGGCUUUUCGCAAAAUCUCAUAAGAUCCUAUGAUAUCGAGAAUAGCUCAUCCGUGAUCAAUUCUAUAAUUAUCGCCUACUCGAAUGUUUCAAAUGAAGCUAUAGCGGAAGCAGUAGUUGGUCUGAUCAUUCCAAGUGAUCGUGAUUUUCGUGUCUAUAAUGUUGCAUUUAUCAACUUUCUGAAAAACAGUACGAUACCUAUUAUUGGACCAAUUUAUGUCGAGCCAUGCAAUGAUCAUUGUGCAGGUUACACAACUAAAUUUGCAAACUUAUCAUUCACUAAUGUUCAACUUCGUGCGAAAUUUCGGUGGGAUUACGAUGGUAUAUACGUUGAUGAAGAUGGAACGUUAACUAGUCAAAAUCAAUCAAUGAUUGUAUUAACACAGAAUGGUCUAAAUAACGAAUCAUCUUCGUGUGCACCAACUUCUUUGUUUGAAAAUGCUGUCCAAUGCCCGCUAUCAAAUGGGCCAUGGAUUCGCAUGACUUUAACUGAGAACUACAAUGUUUACGGUGGUAGAAAUAAUGGGCCAUUGUUCAUAACUGAUGAUAACAAUCACACAACGUAUGUGCCAUGGACUGAAGGAGGACUUUCUUAUGCCAAAGGGUAUGUCACAGCGUUGCAAGUAAAUAGGACAUACCAUAUUGACUAUAGCGAUUCUCGAAGUUGGUUAUACCAUGAGUAUUGGAUUACGCUUUAUGAUAUGGCUCCCGGUGAUUACAUUAUUAUUAAGCACAAUAUGGACAGCAAGCCUGACAGCGGAUAUUUCUACUCGCCGAUGACAUCAUAUUCUAGUUUUAGUUUCAGUGGCGCUUCAAUGUACGAUUCCGAAAACAAAACUUUUUCUUACAUAAUUAAGAAUCCACCAACAUCCAACACACCAUAUGAUGUUCAGUUACGAGUAAAUUUUAAUAAAUACAGCGGCGGUGGUGGAGGAGGCGGUGGUGGUGGCGGUGGAAUCAUAACCCAAACGGAAUGUUUCUAUCCCACGACGAGAUACUGGUCAAAUAAUGCUGACUGGACAGAGCAGCAAACAUAUCCUAAUUGGUAUAAACAAAAACCGGGUGAUUAUCAAAACAUCACUAUUCCUUGGUGCUAUCAAAUGAUCAUUGAUCAACCAUUGCCACGCAUUCAAAUGCUAAGAAUCGAGGGCACUCUUGAAUUUCUAUCGGGAAGAAAUCACACGAUGUACGUUGACAAUAUCGUUAUUGAUGGCGGACGAUUAAUUGCCGGUUCAGAACAGAGUCCAUUUGUUCAAAACAUCGAUAUAAUCUUACCUGCUAGCGGUACAAUCACGAGCACUUUAAGUAAUACAUCACGAUCUGCUUAUACAACAGCGUAUGUUGAUAAAAGUGGUCUCGAUUUGCAUGGAUCAACGCAUAAUAUCACAUGGACGCGUAUUGCUGAUACUGUGCAACCAGGUAAUUAUUCUAUUACAUUAGCGGAAUCAGUCGAUUGGCAAAUCGGUGAUGAAUUUGUGAUAACAACAACCGAUACAAGUAUAUCACAUACAGAAAGACAUCGCAUUGCCGGGAUAACAAACAACAGAAUUAUACGUACAACAAAGCCGUUGAGUUAUACUCAUCAAGUUAUUCGACGUUCAUUUUCUAAUGGAUCGUCUGUUUAUAUCGCUGCUGCCGUUGGUUUAUUGACGCGUAAUAUACGCAUCAUUAGCACUGGUGUACAAUCCGAUCGAGCCAGUGUAAAAAUUUCUAUUGUUAACACUUCGUCAAUUUACAGACCUAACAUCUUCCAUGUUAGUUUAUCAAACGUACAAUUUAUUGGUAUUGGAGAAUUCAGCGACUCAUCGUCAGAGAUUGAAAAAUCCGGUAUAUUUAUCAGUAGUAUAAAUGCAUCUAAGUCUGCAUGGCCUACAUAUAUUCGUGGAUGUUCAUUUGAUGGUGGAUUUAACACUGCAGUAAGCCUUAAAAGUACACAUUUCAUGUCGAUUGCAAAUAAUGUUAUCUACAACACAUAUCGAUCGGCACUGACGAUAAUUUCUGGAAGAAAUAAUAUCAUCGACAGCAAUUUGGUCACAACUGUAUAUUGGUCAGGUACAGCUCAAUCUCGUUCAGUAGCGGAAAAGAACACAGACUACGAUGCGGCAAUAACGACUGAUAAAACCACGAGUGUUGUUAUGACAAACAACUUAGUUGCCGGUGUGGAACGAUUAGCUUUUCGUAUCAAGGGUGAUGUAUGUCCUGGUGUAAUUAUUCCCAGUUAUAUCAAUAAUACGCAUUCGAACAACGAAGUUCAUUCAGCAAUGGCUGGUGUUAGUAUUUGGCCAAACGAUCGAGGAUCUGUUUUUGAUCGACAAUGCCUCCUUAUCAAAGGCUUCAAAGUUUACAAAGCAUGGUACUACGGUUUGUACAUUAAUUCAAUUCGAAACGUAACUAUUGACUCAUGCACAUCAGUCGACAAUUAUAUCGGUAUAUUCGCGUUUGUCGUUGGACCAGCAGCCGAAUCGCAUCAAAUUUCACGCAGUCGUGUUGUAAUACAAAAUUCAGUUAUCGUUGGAUCGAUAACUCCAAAUGAUUGCAAUGACAAAAUCAAUCUGAGUUCGUCAAAUAUUCAAUAUUCAACGAUAGCGAUGCCGACCGUAUCACAAGAUCCACUUAUAAAUGGAAAUGGUAGUAGGGUUGGUGUUGUAUAUCCACUUUUUUCGAUAUCUAAUGGAGCACCUAUACAAAGUUGGACAAACACUAUUUCUAAUCCGUCUCUUGAUGGAUCGACAUCGAUUAGAAAUACGACUAUUGCACUCUUCAAUGAUGUUUGUGGCCGACAUGACACGGUUAUUCAAGUGCCUCAAAGUAAUACUGAUGCGAAAUUUCCUAUUGAAACAUCUUCAAUAUCUCGAUACAAUGUAUCGGAUUCCAACAUAAUCUUUAACGGAGAACCAGAUAUAGCGGAGCGAGAACCCGCCAUUUGUAAUAAUGGCAUUUAUUGCGAUGGUCGAAAAAAGAAUUUGCUUAAGGAUCUCGACGGUACUAUAUUUAGUGCCCCUACUAGUGCCAUUUCUCAAGCAGAUAUUUUUGGAAAUACGCCAGGUCGUGGUAUUGAUGAUAAUGAGAUCCCGUCUGCGGCAAAAACUGAUUUAUCAGGACAGCAAAUUAAUAUUUCUGUAGAGUAUCCAUAUCGUGGUAUCGCUCGUAGUCUUGCAUGCUCUCUUCAAAAAGCAUUGCCAAUGUAUAUUUGCGACCACAAGACUGAUUAUUACUUGUUAAUCAUUGAGAGUAUGGUUUCUUAUGACAAAGCCCGUACUCUCGCACCUGUUGCAAUAUUGUCUGCUAGUGGUUAUAUUGAUCUACUCGCUGGGCCCAGACUUUAUCAGUCGACACGUUUACCAACAUUUACAGCAAUUGUCCAUUCUGAUAUUACUUAUAAAAUCUAUUUUCAUGAUUACCCGCCACAACACAUACGGUUUCGUUUAAUUAAUGCGAAUCCAUCAGUUAGAUGCAUUGUAGCUGUUUAUUACAACUCAAUACAACAAAUCGAUGUUUAUGCUAAUGGUACAUAUGUAUCACCAACUAAUCGAAAUCAGUCCACUGUACUAACGUUGCUCGAUGAGCCCAAUAAAGUGAAUCUGUCAUCCCCAAUUGGAGCCAACUAUUACGAUAGAACAUAUCGAUUGCUCUAUUUCCUAAUCACUGGUGACACUACAAUCGAAGCAAAAGAAUCAUCACUGCUUAUUCUUGGCUUUGGUUUACGGGCAUUGAAUGAUUCUACGUUUUAUACGGAUAAUGUUGCUAGUAACCUAGCUUACGUGUUCGGCUUUGAUCGAACCAAAAUUCGACGCGUGAAAAUCGUCAAAGAAUCUCGUACAGGCCGCAGCUCCAAUAAUGAGGAAUCGAGUGUAUUACUUAUCGAAAUUCGUGAUGAACCUCGGUUUUCUUUACAAUCAACUGGUAGCCUUAGCUCGGAAGUUCUGUCGAUUAUUGCUGCAAAGAUCAUCAAUACCUAUCAAUCUGGUGAAUUGACUCAAAACUGGAAAAAUUACAAUAUCACAGGUGAUAUAGUUCCCACUAGUUUGAAUGUUCAGGAACCAUUGAAUGAUUCAAAUAUCAACUUACGCAUUAUUAAUCGAACUAAACUUUGGACAGUACCCGAUCAAUGUCGUCAACAAAGUCCAUGCACUAUUCAACCAAUUAUUAUUGCCUACGACUCGGACGGUAACGUCAUUGAAAAAUUGGGUUCAAACGAUCAUCCUUGGCAAGUUAAAGCUACGAUUGUUAAUCAACCAAAUGUCACCUUACCCGGUGCUAUCGCUAAUUAUACAAACGGACAGACACAAUAUACACUUUUUGGUUUACCAAAUAUUGGUACAUUUGAAGUUCAAUUCGCAUUUAUUAAACCAGAUGGUUCUAACAGUUCAUUUUUUCAAAAUGCGAAUCUUACUGUUCAGACUGAUCCUAUCACUGUGACAAAUGCUACUUUAGCUGGUCAACAACUGAACAAUGUCUAUGUGAUUAAUAUUAGUCAAGCAUUCGACAUAUCUAUUCUACUUAUUGAUAACGUCACUCGUCGUCAAAUAGGACAGACUCAAUGGGAUGAUUGGAAAUGGACAGCUAAUGUCACAAUUUAUACUCUUCCGAAAUUUCAACCUCAAGGCACAGUAAUCAAACUUAAUACCUCGAGAUCUUUACUCAGUCGACCAAAUAAACCCGUUACCAUACCUGAUUUGACCAUCGAUAGCCUUGGCAUGUAUAUAUUAAAUAUAUUGUUAGUAUCAACAAAUAAUCAAUAUAUUGUGACCUUGACAUCAAAUGGUAUUCUUGUGAAAAAUGCCUUUCAGGGUACUAGUGGCAUUGAUGACUAUGAUACUGAUAAUUUCGUAACUGAUGUCAACUAUCUGACUAGUAAUAUAACGUUUGUGAAUAAUUACGAUGAUCUCAAAGCUUCGAAUCAACUUGAAAUAAAACGAGCCAUGAUUUACAAUUAUUUGUUGAGUAUUAGUAUGCCAUUGAUUAGUGAUGUUGUUUUAAAAGAAGGAGAGAUGGUUGUAUUGUUUCAAGUGGACGCACUUCCUGUGGAUAUUGACCGAGCAGUAACCACGAUUUUAUCCAAUCCCAAUGUCAUACCUGAUUUAACCGUUUCCUCCGUGAACAUUAACGGUCGUUCGUAUUCAGUUUCGCCUACAACAAAUCAAAACAUGAAGCCAAAUGACGACAAUAAAACUAGCUUACUUGUUGGUAUCCCUGUGGGUGUGAUUGGUAUCAUUAUCAUAGUUGGCAUAGUUGGCGCAACUGUAUAUUUUUUCCAGAACAGAAAACAAAAACAGACGAAAGAUAAAUAUUCACAAGAUGAAGUCGGUAUUCGGCAACGUAUGGAUGGAGUCAUACAUGAAUUCACAGAGCUUAAUUUGGAUGUAGCUGAAUAA